GCUGCUGUUUUCUUGCUGUGCGUAUCAUCGCACUCCUUGUAACUCAUACACAACAUGGAAGAGGCUUCUCAUGAGCCCUCUGCGGAGCCGGAAGCAGUAUCCAUUGCCGGAAUAAGGCAGGCAGCAGCCCGGAUUGGGCCGCAUGUGCACUACACGCCCGUCAUGACAUGCCGCGCCCUCGAUGAGAUGAGCGGGGGCCGUGAGGUGUUCUUCAAGUGUGAGCUCUUCCAGAAGACGGGUUCCUUCAAGGCUCGCGGCGCUUGCAACGCGGUGCUGCUUACCCCGCCAGAGUGCCGCGACAUCGUAACACACAGCAGCGGAAACCAUGCCCAGGCGCUCGCGUGGGCAGCCAGCGUGAAAGGAGUCAACGCUCACAUCGUGAUGCCGCACAACUCCAUGGCCGUCAAAGUUGCCGCGGUCCGAGACUACGGUGCCAGCAUCACCUUCUGCGAGAACACGAAGAGCGGCAGAGAGACCACCGCGGCGGCCGUCGUAUCUGGACACCCUCUGUCCACCCUCAUACACCCCUACAAUGACCCCAGGGUCCAGUGCGGGCAAGGUACGGUUGGCCUUGAGCUAGUCCAGCAGGUGAAGGAACAGACGGGAGGCGCUAGUCUCGACGCGGUGGUGGUGCCCGUGGGCGGAGGAGGACUUAUCACCGGGGUGGCGACAGCCGUCAAAGCCCUCUGCCCCGGCAUUCGCGUUAUCGGCGCGGAGCCGUCCAAGGCCGCAGACGCGUUUAGGUCUAAACAGAGCGGCAGCUUGCAGGGACACGACUGCGAGGGAAUGCCAGACACGAUUGCCGAUGGUCUCCGUACGACCCUCGGGAGCACGACGUGGCCAGUCGUCAGAGAUUCAGUCGACGAGAUAGUCACCGUGUCAGAGGAGGAGAUCCGGCUGUGGAUGCGAGUGGUCUACGAGCGAAUGAAGCUGGUCAUCGAGCCGAGCGCCGCUGUCGGGGUGGCAGCGGUAAUGUCGCCGCGAGUGCGAGGCAUGCCUCAAGACGUGAAAAGGGUUGGGGUGGUGUUGUGCGGCGGCAACGUAGACUGGACACUGUUGCAAGACCUUUUGGCGGGAGGCGGUAAUCCCCUACCGGUUUAGGUUUGCUUCCGAUCUUUCCCGACGUUUCGACC